AUGGAAUACUACAUGGACCGCGGACUACUUCAAAUGCCAAGUUCAUCACUUCAGCUGCUGCUUUCAACCUGCGCGCAGCGACAUCGACAACUGUAUGCUGCCGCCCCGACUACAGCAGCCGAGCUCCAGCACUUCCGUCUUGACACCAACAGCCGGAUGCAAGGCUUCAACACACAAGCGCUCAAGCACGACUCCACUCGACACGAAGCUCCAUCAGGCCUCUUCAAUCAAACGUCGCCGUUUCAAACUUUCAAGCUCCAGGACAACGACUGUGGAUGGACCGCUCGACUGCUGCGCGAUGAACCGCUACUUGAUGAAGCCGACACUCCUGCACGACUUCAUGAGCUACCUACAAAGCGCCUACACGCCAUUCUCAAGUUUAUGGACCACUACUUGGGCCGCCGCGAGCCGUUCGGUCGACAAGUCCACCAUUUCCGACAAGACCAUGCUGCCGCCCUGACGCGAAGUGCCAACUUCGACUUCGAUUUCAAGAAGGCCAUCGCACGACGCGCCAACCUUCGUCCCUACCGCGACAAGCCAGCUAGUGCCCCUAGCCAACGCCGAGACGUUAUUCAAGAAGGCAGCUGGGUGGUGAAAGACACCUCCACGAUCCGGGUUAGUCUCGAUGGAGGUUCACAGGAUCGAAGCCUCGACUCGCUGCACCGGCUCGAACUCUCCGUCUCUGCCGGCGGCCGCGCGUCCCAUCAACUCGAAACCGGCAUGUACUUCGCGCCGACGAACCGCGGCUCGAACAUCGACGGGCUGCGGCAGAUGCCGUUGAAUGAGAUUGAUGACAUUAGCUACGAUCGCCUCGGCUGGUACCGGCGGGACGCCGACCCGAAAUUCCGGGCCUACAACGGCCUCGUGCGGUUCCAGCGCGUGCACGCCGUGCAGACGACCGACUGCAAGAAUCAGAAGUUCAACAGCUUCCUGGACGCCGCGCACUAUGCUGGAAGGGUUGAUGCUAAUAUCACUCCCAACUUCACACUCCCCCGUACGCUCGAGCAAAUCCACCCCUGGAUCCGGAAAGCCUAUUUCUACGACUGGAAAAAGCCGGGCAGCUCCUCGCGUACCGUGGUUGUCAGCCACACAGAGGGCACGAAUCUCAAGAUAUGGUUGAAAGCCGUCGGAAAUAAGGAAAACCCGAUCCGGUUCUACCAGAAUUCCUCGGCAGUCGCAGAUUUCACCGGAACAAUCGUCGUAGAUGCCAAGAGCAAUCGCUAUUUCAACGUCACCUUCAUCGAGGCGUCCGGCAAAAUCAACGGCGAAGUGAAGGACGGGCAAGAUGUGGAUGAUCUUUAUGUCAUGGGCUUCACGACCUACAUCAACGAGCUCAACCCAGUCAACAAGACGCUGACGAUCCCGCUUCCUGCGAUCGUUGGGCCUGGAACUCGCAUGAUUUGUGUCCGCCCCGAUGAGUCUCCGGAAGAGAAGCGAAUCUGCCAUCUUGUCACCUACCACGAGACCCCGAUUGAGAUGAACAUGGAGCGGAACAGCUGGCUGGAUUUUAGCGGCGAUUGCCCCAGCUGCAACCAAGUGAAGCUGUCGAACAUGCUCAAAAGGCUCAACCCGCUCUCCCUGUUCGACGGCGUCAAGGAUUUGGGCGACACUGUGAUGAUGCUCAGCAGCGUGCUCAUCUACAUCCUCGGCCUGCUCCUCGCCUACCAGGUCAUCACACGCGUCAUCAUCCCGUGCUUCGAGUGCUGCGUAUGUAUUUCCAAGGCCGUCACCGAAUGUCUGAGCUGUUGUCUUGGGUUUCUUUGCCAUAGCCCUGGGGAGGUUGUGGAGAAGGAAUCUAUAAAAAAGGAAAAGCCGGAAACUGUCGAGUUGCUGAAGCCGGGCUGGUGCUUCCGCGCGCUGCCCACGCGCGACGCCAAAGAUGUGAAACGCCAGGAGACGCACUACCACAUCGAGAGCCUCACCGUCACCGAUCCCAAGCAGCUCCCGUCGAUGCUCGCCUGUGCAUGCGCCGAGUGUACCCAUAAGCCGAAACAUGCCAAAUCGCCACCCCCGCGAUACGGCAGCCCCGAGAAUGGCAUCGACAUC